AAGGAAACAUUGUAUCUCUUUAUAUGGGGGGAAGGGUCGGGGGAUCCCUCGCCACCAGCGCGUGGUCCCGGCCCCCUCCACCCGCCGUCUCGGCCGCGGCCAGCAGCCCCUGCCCCCCGGGGGACGCUGACGGCCGCCGGGCGCGCCGCCCUAGAGUACGGACAGGGGGCGCUCCGCGCGGCCUGGGGCAACCCGGGCCACAGGGGCAGGAAAGUGAGGGCCCAGGUCGGCCCGGGCGUGCAGGGGCCCCGGGUUCGCAGCGGCAGCGGCGGCAGCGAUAGCGGCACUAAGCAGCAGCGGGAGCGCCGGGUUGAGCCGGGAAGCCGAUGGCGGCGGCGGCGGCGGCUCCGAUUCCUCGCUGACUGCCCGUCCGCCCUCCUACUUUGAGCGCCAUGUUACCGAGCCAAGCUGGGGCCGCGGCGGCGCUGGGCCGGGGCUCGGCCCUGGGGGGCAGCCUGAACCGGACCCCGACGGGGCGGCCAGGCGGUGGAGGCGGCGGCGGGACUCGCGGGGCUAACGGGGGCCGGGUCCCCGGGAACGGCGCGGGGCUCGGCCCGGGCCGCCUUGAGCGGGAGGCUGCAGCAGCAGCGACAACCACCCCGGCGCCCACCGCGGGGGCCCUCUACAGCGGCAGCGAGGGUGACUCGGAGUCGGGCGAGGAGGAGGAGCUGGGCGCGGAGCGGCGCGGCCUGAAGCGGAGCCUGAGCGAGAUGGAGCUCGGCGUGGUGGUCGGUGGGCCCGAGGCGGCGGCGGCGGCCACUGGGGGCUACGGGCCGGUGAGCGGCGCAGUGAGCGGCGCCAAGCCGGGUAAGAAGACUCGGGGCCGCGUGAAGAUCAAGAUGGAGUUCAUCGACAACAAGCUGCGGCGCUACACGACCUUCAGCAAGAGGAAGACGGGCAUCAUGAAGAAGAAACCAAGGCUGCUUCCAGUGGGUUGUGGAACUUUGUUGGGAGUGAGGAUGCUACCUAUGGGGCCAUCCUUGAAGGCCUAUGAGCUGUCCACGCUGACAGGGACACAGGUGCUGUUGCUGGUGGCCAGUGAGACAGGCCAUGUGUAUACCUUUGCCACCCGCAAACUGCAGCCCAUGAUCACCAGUGAGACUGGCAAGGCACUGAUUCAGACCUGCCUCAACUCGCCAGACUCUCCACCCCGCUCAGACCCCACCACAGACCAGAGAAUGAGUGCCACGGGCUUUGAAGAAACAGAUCUCACCUACCAGGUGUCGGAGUCCGACAGCAGUGGGGAGACCAAGGAUACACUGAAACCGGCCUUUACUGUCACCAACCUGCCGGGUACCACCUCCACCAUCCAGACAGCACCCAGCACCUCUACCACCAUGCAAGUCAGCAGCGGCCCCUCCUUUCCCAUCACCAACUACCUGGCACCAGUGUCUGCUAGCGUCAGCCCCAGCGCUGUCAGCAGUGCCAACGGGACUGUGCUGAAGAGUACAGGCAGUGGCCCUGUUUCCUCUGGGGGCCUCAUGCAGCUGCCUACCAGCUUCACCCUGAUGCCUGGUGGGGCAGUGGCCCAGCAGGUCCCAGUGCAGGCCAUUCAGGUGCACCAGGCCCCACAGCAAGCGUCUCCCUCUCGCGACAGCAGCACAGACCUCACGCAGACCUCCUCCAGCGGGACAGUGACGUUGCCUGCCACCAUCAUGACGUCAUCUGUGCCCACAACUGUGGGAGGCCACAUGAUGUACCCCAGCCCCCAUGCAGUGAUGUAUGCUCCCACCUCGGGCCUGGCUGAUGGCAGCCUCACCGUGCUCAAUGCCUUCUCCCAGGCACCAUCCACCAUGCAGGUGUCCCACAGCCAGGUCCAGGAGCAAGGUGGCGUCCCCCAGGUGUUCCUGACAGCGCCAUCUGGGACAGUGCAGAUCCCUGUUUCUGCAGUUCAGCUUCACCAGAUGGCUGUGAUAGGGCAGCAGGCCGGGAGCAGCAGCAACCUCACCGAAUUACAGGUGGUGAACCUGGAUGCCGCCCACAGCACCAAGAGUGACUGAUCCGCCCUGCCGCCCUGGACAGACGGCCCAAGGGACGGCACCACUUAUUUAUUGUUGCCUUUUCACGUUUUCUUUACACACAUGUUGACGGGCCGCAGGAGGGGGGCGGGGAGGAGCAGUGGGCAGCCACAGGACUGAGCCCUCUCACUCCAGCCAAAGAAAUGGGCCAGCCUGCCCUCCACCCCAUCCUCCCUCACCCUCCCCUCCUUCUAGCUCCACCUCCCAUCUCUGUUGAUGGUGGGGCUGUCCUGCCUCCUCAGACUCCCCUUGCCAGCUUGGCUCCGUGUUUGCCAUGAGUAUUAGCUUACCCAAUGGGACCGUGCUCCCCCUCCCACACACAGGUCUCUGUGGGACGAGGCACUGUGUCCCCCUGAGGAAGCGGUCGGGGUCCUCUCUCCAGCCUCCUUGCUGACCCCACGUCAGCUCUGCGUCUGCCACAGGCUGGGUCAAAAGAGCCCUAACCCUGCCCCUCAGGGAGCCAGCUGGGGAGAUGGGGCUUCUUCCCUCAAGACUUGCCCGUGCCUGUGGCCCCUGCAGCUCCUGAGUAGCGGGGCCUGUGCGCGGAGCAGAUUCCUUGGGUGACCUGCCCUGCCCAGCCGCUCCCCUCGGAACUCCGGGGGCUACUGGGUUGGAGGGAACCACCGGUGUUCCCUCUCCCCGUCUUCCCCCCCGUCCUCCCAGCUGCUUUACUUAAAGUUGAUUUUGAACUUUUUAUUUGAGGAGACGAAGUGAAAACAAAUCUAUAAAUAUAUAUUUUUAAAAUAUUUAACUUUUUUUUAUGGCGUUUUUCUCGUCCCCCUCCCUGCCCAAGCUCCCCUUCCCUGGGGAGCCCUGGGGCUCCCUGGAGCUGGCUGGGCUUCUGUGGACAGAGCUGCCCCAUGAGCUUGGGGCCCGCCAGUGUAUGGGGGAGAUGCUGGGAUCACCCGGUCCUGGGUUGUUUCCAGGAGAAAACCGGGGGAGGGGCCCUCAGGCCAUGCCCCAACGGGGUGGGGAGGGUGACCCACAGCUCUGGGCCUCUUUUUGUCCUUCAGGGCUGUUGCUAGGGAGAGGGAAAAGGG